AUGGACCGAGCACAAAGCUCCCUCAGACCACAAGCCACCCCUAAUGAACCCUCUUUACCCGCGCCCAUUCCAGACCCUGCUGCCAAUGCCGCGUUCCUUACGCCCGACACGCUCCCACCAUUUUCCUCUACACCGUACGCGCCUCAGGGAUACGGCGCCUCCCCAUUUGGUGUUCCUGGUUAUAAUGAACCGCGGGGCGGGUUUCGCGGAGGGAAGUCCUAUCAUGACCGUCGACCGCGUGGACCGGAAGACCGGCCGAAAUCGAAACAUGCCCUACCUGGGUGUGAACCAUGGGUGCUUGUGAAAACCAAACUGGGGAGAAGAUUCGUUCACAACACGGAAACAAACGAGAGUUUCUGGAAGUUCCCGACAGAAGUACUAAAAGCCGUCGUGGAGUUUGAUCGUCUCGAGCGGGAGGCCAAGGAACGCCGCGAACGUGGCGAGACAGCCGAGACCGAGCAGGCGACGACAGCUACCGGCGAUGAUGCCAAACAUCGACCGGACAGCGCUGCUGCGACUGAGGGUGGUGACGAAAGCGACGAAUAUGAGGAGGUUGAAGUCACAGACAGCGAAGGAGAAGACGAGAGGAAUCCAUCCAAACGGCAACGAACAGACAGCGUAGAAAACCAACGGCCCGUUGAAUUCACCGAAGACGAUAUUGAAUAUCAACUAGCGGCGAUGGGCGAAGAGUACGGUCUGGACCCUGGUGAAUACGGGGAGCCGGGAGAGGAAGGCUGGGAAGAGGGCGCUGAGGGCCUGCCGCUGACCGACGAGGAUGCUGCAGCUUUAUUCCGUGACCUCCUCGAUGACUACAACAUAAACCCGUUCACAACAUGGGAGAAGAUCAUCGAAGAGGGCCGCAUCAUAGAGGACACUCGCUACACGGUUCUCCCGAACAUGAAAUCCCGCCGCGAAGCAUUCUCCACCUGGAGUCGAGAUCGAAUCCAAGAAAUCAAAGACCGCAAAGAAAAACAAGAAAAGAAAGACCCCCGCAUCAAAUAUCUCGCCUUCCUCCAAGAUCACGCGACGCCGAAGCUAUAUUGGCCAGAGUUCAAGCGCAAAUACAGGAAAGAGCCCGAAAUGAGAGACUCUCAGCUCUCCGAUAAAGACCGUGAAAAGUACUACCGCGAUCUUGUUAGUCGGUUAAAACUCCCUGAAAGCACUCGGAGAUCUGACUUAUCUACUCUACUCAAAUCGGUACCAUUGCAUGAUUUAAACCGCUCAUCUAACCUCGAAGCCCUCCCGCCUGCUCUCAUCACCGAUCUCAGAUAUAUUGCGCUGUCUCCCAAAGUGCGCGACCCUCUUAUAGAGGCAUACAUUUCGACCUUACCCGCUGCGCCGGAGGUUGAUGUUACGCCCGAGCAGAGGGAGGAAUUAGAGAGGAAGAGAGUUGAACGCGAGAAGCGUGAAAGAGCCCUUGCAGAGCGGCAGAAACAGGUUCAAGAAGAUGAACAGAGGCGGAAACGGGAGCUUGCUCGCAGUAGACAUCUCUUAGAAGAGGGCGAAGCGGAGGUCCAAGAGGCUAUGAGGGUUGGGAAGAGCGGGCUUCGGAGCCAUUUAGAACCGCAAGCAGCAGAGCAGACGAAACCUAUAGAUGGGGAGUAG